AUGAGAUAUGCCAAAGGACUGGAGGAGACGGACACGUGGCAGGAAGUCAUUGGUGGGAUUGGAGCGGAGGAGUUGGGGGGUGGAGGCGAGAAGGGGAGCGACAGUGGAAGGGGAGGAGAUGCCGAGGUGGGAGGAGAAGAAGCGGUAGAGGCUUGGCCUAUCGCCGAUCCGAUGACCAUCAUAGCGAGUCACUUUCUAAUGAUAGCCGAUGUAGCGAUAAACCAUCGGCAUCGUCCCGCGUGGACGUCCGCGUCGCUGCCUCUCCAGAGGAGCCUCUCUGAUCGGUCUUCAAUCGUCUGUUCCACUCGCAUCUGCCAGACUGCUGCUUGCCGUGCGAUGCACGCGAUGGCGUGGAAGCCGCUCACGAAACUGAUACGGUUGAGGCAGGACGGUGGCCCUUGUGGGCUCGGCGGCGCAGAGCGAGCAGCAGGUGCAGCAGCGAGUGGAGGAGUGGAGGCGACGGCAGGAGAAGGAACGGGGAAAAACAUGAUCAGAACGCAAGAGAAUCUCGCUCUCUCUCGACACUCUCUUGCCCUUCACCUUGCACUUUUGUCCGACAUUCACCUCCUCGCUUCCUCCGGAAUAUUGAGCAUGUGCCCCCCUUCCCUGCAAUGCAUCGGAGGUACCUUCCUUUCAUCCACACUCCACACUCCCCUUUUCGUCCUCUUUCCCUCGCCCUACCCUUCCCCUUUCCUCCCAUACCAUCCCCUUUCUCUCCUCUUCACCUCUCAUUUCCCUAACCUUUCCCUCACCUUACCCUACCCUUUCCCUCCCCCUUUUCUCCCCUUUCCCACACCUUUCCCUCCCGUUCUCCCCCCUUCCCCUCCUCUUGCCUUCCUCCUUCCCUCCCAAGCCAGGCGUGGCGGGAGUGUGGCAGAGCUGCAGAGCACAACCCCCAUGUAG